CCUGGCCGUUUGGCAAGACCCCCGCAUACCCCGGGGCUUCCCGAAAUCCAGUUCCCCUCCCCCACCCCAGCUCAUGCCCCAGCCCCAGAACUCCGGGGCUGCCAGCCCCCUGUGCCCCUGCCCCUCCUGAGAAUCGGGGUGUGCUCCUCCAGCCCCCUCCCCUCCACUGGGGAGCCCUUUUUAGGGUCCCCCCUCCCUUCCACGCUUCCCUACCCUUCUCUCCUCCAACCUUCUCCUUCCCCUCUCACCCCUCCCCCCAUCCUGGCCCCCCCUGCAAAAGUGGGGUGCGGAGGGGGGAGGGGUGAGAACCCACCGAGGGGAGGAACAAAACUCCAAUGAAGUCAGAGCCCCCUACUCGCCGCCGCGGCCCCCAACAUGGACUGUCUCUGUAUAGUGACAACCAAGAAAUAUCGCUACCAAGAUGAAGACACGCCCCCUCUGGAGCACAGCCCGGCCCACCUCCCCAACCAGGUAAACGCCCCCGAGCUGGUGCACGUGGCGGAGAGGAACUUGUCCCACCUCGAGGCCGUCCACGGGGUCGUGGGCCACGCCCACCUCUCCCCCCUCAAGGCCAACUCCCCCCCUGUGAUUGUCAACACGGACACCCUCGAAGCCCCAGGAUAUGAGUUGCAGGUGAACGGGACGGAGGGGGAGAUGGAAUACGAGGAGAUCACGCUGGAAAGGGGUAACUCAGGUCUGGGCUUCAGCAUCGCAGGUGGCACUGACAACCCACACAUCGGUGAUGACCCAUCCAUAUUUAUCACCAAGAUCAUUCCUGGUGGGGCUGCAGCUCAAGAUGGCCGCCUCAGGGUCAAUGACAGCAUCCUGUUUGUGAAUGAAGUGGACGUCAGGGAGGUGACACACUCAGCGGCGGUGGAGGCCCUCAAAGAGGCAGGCUCCAUCGUCCGCCUCUAUGUCAUGCGCCGGAAACCCCCAGCCGAAAAGGUCAUGGAGAUCAAGCUCAUCAAAGGGCCGAAAGGACUUGGCUUCAGCAUCGCAGGGGGCGUAGGGAACCAGCACAUCCCAGGAGACAACAGCAUCUACGUCACGAAGAUCAUCGAAGGUGGCGCCGCCCACAAGGACGGCCGGCUGCAGAUCGGAGACAAGAUCCUGGCGGUCAACAGUGUGGGGCUGGAGGACGUCAUGCACGAGGAUGCCGUGGCUGCCCUGAAGAACACGUAUGACGUUGUCUACCUAAAGGUGGCCAAGCCCAGCAAUGCCUACCUGAGUGACAGCUAUGCUCCCCCAGACAUCACGACCUCGUAUUCUCAGCACCUGGACAACGAGAUCAGCCACAGCAGCUACUUGGGCACUGACUACCCCACAGCCAUGACCCCCACUUCCCCUCGGCGCUACUCCCCUGUGGCCAAGGACCUGCUGGGGGAGGAAGACAUUCCCCGGGAGCCGCGGCGGAUCGUCAUCCACCGGGGCUCCACGGGCCUGGGCUUCAACAUCGUGGGUGGCGAGGACGGCGAGGGCAUCUUCAUCUCCUUCAUCCUCGCCGGGGGUCCGGCCGACCUCAGCGGGGAGCUGCGGAAGGGGGACCAGAUCCUGUCGGUCAACGGUGUCGACCUCCGGAACGCCAGCCACGAGCAGGCCGCCAUCGCCCUGAAGAACGCGGGCCAGACAGUCACCAUCAUAGCGCAGUACAAACCGGAAGAGUACAGCCGGUUCGAGGCCAAGAUCCAUGACCUUCGGGAGCAGCUCAUGAACAGCAGCCUGGGCUCAGGGACUGCGUCCCUGCGGAGCAACCCCAAGAGAGGUUUCUAUAUCAGGGCGCUGUUUGAUUAUGACAAGACCAAGGACUGCGGCUUCUUGAGCCAGGCCCUGAGCUUCCGCUUUGGGGACGUGCUGCAUGUGAUUGAUGCCAGUGACGAGGAGUGGUGGCAGGCGCGGCGGGUCCACUCUGACAGUGAGACCGACGACAUUGGCUUCAUUCCCAGCAAACGGCGGGUUGAGCGACGAGAGUGGUCAAGGUUAAAGGCCAAGGACUGGGGCUCCAGCUCUGGAUCACAGGGUCGAGAAGACUCGGUUCUGAGCUAUGAGACAGUGACGCAGAUGGAAGUGCACUAUGCUCGCCCCAUCAUCAUCCUCGGGCCCACCAAAGACCGCGCCAACGACGACCUUCUCUCUGAGUUCCCCGACAAGUUUGGAUCCUGUGUCCCUCAUACAACACGCCCUAAGCGGGAAUAUGAGAUAGAUGGCCGGGACUACCACUUUGUGUCCUCCCGGGAGAAAAUGGAGAAGGACAUCCAGGCGCACAAGUUCAUCGAGGCUGGCCAGUACAACAGCCACCUGUACGGGACCAGCGUGCAGUCUGUGCGGGAGGUGGCAGAGCAGGGGAAGCACUGCAUCCUCGAUGUCUCGGCCAAUGCCGUGCGGCGGCUGCAGGCGGCCCACCUGCACCCCAUCGCCAUCUUCAUCCGUCCCCGCUCCCUGGAGAACGUGCUAGAGAUCAAUAAGCGGAUCACGGAGGAGCAAGCCCGGAAAGCCUUCGACAGAGCCACGAAGCUGGAGCAGGAGUUCACAGAGUGCUUCUCAGCCAUCGUAGAGGGCGACAGCUUUGAGGAGAUCUACCACAAAGUGAAGCGUGUCAUUGAAGACCUCUCAGGCCCCUACAUCUGGGUCCCAGCCCGAGAGAGACUCUGAUCCCUGCCCUGGCUUGGCCUGGACUCACCCUGCCUCCAUCACCUGGGCCCUUGGUCUGGACUGGAUAGCCCGAGCCCCUCGCACCCCGGCCUCCCUGCCCACCCUUCUUAUUUAUUUCCUUUCUAACUGGAUCCAGCCCACCGGAGGGGGAACAGUCCUCUGCAUGUACCCCGCACCCCAGAUCAGGGCUCCUGGACCCCAGGAACCUGCGGCCUGGGAGGGGGCUGGGCUCCUGGUUCCGAGCCCUUGCUCCCUAGGUCCCCUACCCUACCCGCCCCCACGCACACACAGACCCACGGGGGCCUCUGCCCUCCCCGUUUUCUCCCCACACAUUCCAGAAGUCAGGGCCCUCUCAAGGGAUCCCCCGCUGUAGGGUUGCAGGGCCACAGGCUUCCGCGCUCCCGAGGCUGGGCUCGCCCGCCCGCCACUCCCCAUGCCGUUUCAGUUCUCAUUAUUUUCUCCAUUUUUUUCUUCUCAAAGGUGGUUUUUGGGGGGAGAAGUUGGGGGCUCUGCUGUGGUGCCCCCAUCUUUCACACACCUCCACCUUUUCUUUGCCGGUUUGCAUGAGUGGAAGGUCUAAUGUGGCUUUUUUUUUUUUUUUUCCCUGGGACUUUAUUUUGUUUUAUUUUAGUUUAUUUUUGGGAAAAGGGGAGGGAUGGGUCUAGGGACUGGGGAAUAUGGGAGGGGGGUGGGGGGUAAGGGGUCAGGGGUUGGGUGUCUGGGAGCCAGGGGAAGACAGGAAAUGCUGCCGCCUUCUGCAAUUUAUUUAUUUAUAUUUUCUUUUGAGAGAGUGAAAGGAAGAGACAGAUACUUGAAA